AUGAGUAGAAUCCUAUAUAUUCUCGCUGCCGGUAUUAUCUACUUAGUCAUAGAGGUACAUUCUCUAGUUGAGUUCACGAAUAUAAAAUGUCAAUCAGUGGAUAAGAAUUUUUCCGAUUUCGAGUAUUGCCACUUGAAAUCUGUGAACCGGACCUACAAAUACAUUUCCUUGAAGGUUAAUCUCUUCAAAAUUCCCGUGUCCAAAGUUAAGGUUAAUAUCGAACUUUUAAAACGGUUCAAUGGCUAUAAGCCGUUUCUCUACAAUGUAACAGUUGAUGGCUGUCAAUUCCUCAAAAAACCAAAGUCAAGUCCAGUUGCUUUUUACUUUUACAAUUUCUUUAAAAACGUUUCCAACAUAAACCACUCUUGCCCUUACAACCAUGACCUAAUGGUAGACAAGCUAUCAACACAACAUGUAAAUUAUCAAUUUACCAAAGUUCUGCCCUUUCCGGAGGGAGACUAUAUGUACAAAAUGAAUUGGAUGGCAUAUGGUAUUAACCGAGCUGUUGUUGAAGUAUAUUUUUCAUUUUCGUAA